UUUCUUUUGGGUGCUUUUUCUUGAGGAGAUGAGUAUUAGAAUGCCAAAAUUUGAUACAUAUGAUAUGUUACAUGUGACUAGUUGUCAGAAUGGAUAAGGGUGAUGUAGAGAUGGUGGAUGCUGAAACGUAUGUCCCUAAUAGUGAUAUCCUUGUGUCCAAUGAGUAACCGGUCAAGUGCCAAAACAGUGUUAUGACUGGCAAAAGCAAUGUUGAGGACAAGAUAGAUGAUCAGAGUUAUUCAAAGGGAGAGGACUCGAAAAAUGCUAGAAGUGAGAUAGAGGACCAGCUCAACUCUGAGAGUAAGCCAGAGGCACAUGACAAUGUGGUGCUGGAGAACAAACCACCUACUAUUGAUGCUGGAACGGAUGAUAUGGUAAGUGGCUACGCGAAGGUGAUUGAUGAUGAAGUACAGAAUUUUGAGAAAAUGAUCUAUGAGGCCAAUCAAAAUGGUAAUGAUUUGAUGGUGGAUAGACAAGAGGAAUCUCAAAUGAAAACAAUUCCUACAAAUGUUACCACUGAUUCUUCUAUUGGAAAAACGCCAGAACCAGCUAGUCCAAUAUUUCCUUCAACUGCAAAUGCUGGACAGCAUAGUGGGGAAGCAUCUGAAAAUAUUUGUGCAAUGAUGGUUGAUGGUGAGGAUGAUGAAGGCUCCCCUGAGGAUAAAGCUGCAUUUAUAGAAAAACUAGGCACCUUUUACCGGGAGAAGGUGAUGGAAUUUAAACUACCUAAGUUUUAUGGUCAUCCGCUUAAUUGCCUAAAGUUAUGGAGAUCUGUGAUCAGAUUAGGUGGCUAUGAUCAGGACUUGCACUACUGUUUCUUGGAUAUUCCGCAGCUUCUACGAGAGGUUACUUCUACCAUAUGAAAGGCAUAGGACACAAAAUGGAGAGCUUCAACUUCCUAUUGCUGCUCCUCCUAUUUCUUGGGGUGUUGACA